ACACCCCUCAGCUUAUGCUGUGAGGGCGGCUGUUGUCCAGCAGGGGGCGGUGUGAUGAUGCUCAGCUCUCGGCGGAGCGCUGUUCAUCAGCAGCAGAAGAAAUAACCGGGAAACUGCGCUCUCGUGUUUACGGCCAGAGCGGUAAAUAGAGAAUUAAACUUCACUGACAGGAUCGAUCGCCAUGUCCCAGAGGAAGAAAGCGGUUUCAGCUUCACAGAACAAAACUCAGAGACGCUCUCAGGUAUCUCUGGAUGAGGAUGACGAGGAUGCUCAUUUUAGCCAGAUAACCUCAUCACAGGUCCAGCGAGCCCGAGAGAACUACACGUCUGACCAGAUCGACCGCAAGGUGGCAGAGGUGGUCCAGUUCAUCUUAAUUAAAGACCAAAAAAAAAUACCCAUUCGAAGAGCAGACAUUGGGAAACAUGUGAUAAAGGAAUACAAAGCCAUCUACACAGAAAUUAUGAACAGAGUUUUCCGCAAAUUUGAUCAGGUGUUUGGAUUAAAGCUGGUGGAGAUUGAUUCCAAAAAUCACAUUUAUAUCCUGAUUAAUAAGCUGGAGCCCAUUCAUGGAGAGCCAGUGAACAUGCGUCCUGGAAACCCAAAGACAGGCCUGCUGUUUGUCAUCCUGAGUGUCAUCUUCAUGAAGGGUGGUGUCGUUAAAGAGAAUACGGUGUGGAAUACGCUCAAGAAGCUGCGGGUGGAUCCAGGGGAAAAGCAUGACGAGUUUGGUGAUGUAAAAAAGGUGGUCACAGAUGAGUUUGUACGGCAGAAAUAUUUAGAGUAUGUGAAGAUCCCGCACACAGAUCCAGUGGAGUGUGAGUUUCGCUGGGGUCUGCGGGCAGAGAAGGAGGUGUCCAAACUCAAGCUACUGGACUUUGUUGGAGAGCUUUUUGAUCAGGAUCCUCAGAGCUGGACACAGCAGUUCAGAGACGCCAGUGCCGCUGAGACCAGCAGCCAGAGAUCAUGAACACCUUGUGAUGUGCAUUUAUUAGCCAUAUUUAAAUAGAGCUUCUUAUUUAAACUGAGGUUGAAGAAAAACAUGCUUUAAUACGGAAGAGUUUUUUGGAGCUCUCUUGUUUGUCAAAACAUUUUUUACACUUGUGAAAUAUUUUAAUUACAAUAUUUCUUGUUUAUAAAUAAAGUUAUUUUACAAUUC